GCCACUUAUCUGCAGACUUGUAGGCAGCAACUCACCCUCACUCAGAGGUCUUCUGGUUCUGGAAACAACUCUAGCUCAGACUUCUCCGCCAUGAGCCUCAGAGUUGAUACCACCCCUUCCUGUAACAGUGCGAGACCACUUCAUGCCUUGCAGGUGCUGCUGCUUCUGUCGUUGCUGCUGACUGCUCUGGCUUCCUCCACCAAAGGACAAACUAAGAGAAACUUGGCAAAAGGCAAAGAGGAAAGUUUAGACAGUGACUUGUAUGCUGAACUCCGCUGCAUGUGUAUAAAGACAACCUCUGGAAUUCAUCCCAAAAACAUCCAAAGUUUGGAAGUGAUCGGGAAAGGAACCCAUUGCAACCAAGUCGAAGUGAUAGCCACACUGAAGGAUGGGAGGAAAAUCUGCCUGGACCCAGAUGCUCCCAGAAUCAAGAAAAUUGUACAGAAAAAAUUGGCAGGUGAUGAAUCUGCUGAUUAAUUUGUGCUGUUUCUGCCAAAUUUCUUUAACUCCCAGGAAGGGUAGAAUUUUGAAACCUUGAUUUUCUAGAGUUCUCAUUUAUUCAGGAUACCUAUUCUUACCGUAUUAAAAUUUGGAUAUGUGUUUCA